GUUUUGAGUAUUUAAAUAAAGUUUUACGGAUUGAGUUGUAACCAAACCCCCCCGUCUGAGUGUAGUAGGCUCCCGGAAGAAAGUUUGUGCUUCUUACUUACUAUUGGUCAAAAGUUACCCGCGAAACCGACGUCAUCCGCAAUUUCGCGCCAGAUCUGCUGCUCUAGUCGUGCAUACAAGAAGAGACGUACCAGCAACGAUGUCUUCCCCAGCUUCAACUCCUGGCCGCAAACGUGGCAGAAACGCCAACCCCCCCACACGGACUCCUCGGCGGGGGAUCUGAUGCCGAUGCCGACCUCGCCAGCGACGGACAUGCUCAGUCCAGCUGCACCUCAGGACACGUCUCUGUUGUCCAGCCCCCGACCUUCAGGGCCGAAUGAAGUGGACAUCAGCUCCCCCCUCGUGUACGGGACCCCCAGCUCCCGGGUUGAAGGCACUCCUCGCAGCGGGGUGCGUGGCACGCCAGCCAGACAGCGCCCGGAUUUGGGAUCUGUCCGGAAGGCCCCACAAGUGGAUCUCCACUCUGACCAGCCGAGCGCCGACAACGCAGUCGCCAGCGAACCGAGCGCCGGGCAGAACCUGGUGAUUUGGGGGACGGACGUCAAUGUUGGGGCGUGCAAAGAGAAGUUCCAGAGGUUUCUGCAAAGAUUCAUCGAUCCGACUUCCACCGAGGACGAGAACGCCGGUCUGGACCUCAACGAGCCGCUGUACAUGCAGAAGCUGGAGGAGAUCAGUGUGGUCGGGGAGCCGGUCCUGAACGUGAACUGUCGUCACGUGCAGUCCUUUGAUGCAGAACUGUACCGCCAGCUCAUCUGCUACCCACAGGAAGUCAUCCCGACCUUCGACAUGGCCGUCAACGAGCUUUUCUUUGAGCGUUUCCCAGACUCGGUCCUGGAGUACCAGAUCCAGGUCCGCCCGUACAACGCCUUAAAAACCAAAAACAUGAGAAAUCUGAACCCUGAAGACAUCGAUCAGCUGAUCACCCUCGGCGGCAUGGUGAUCCGCACUUCGCAGCUCAUCCCCGAGAUGCAGGAGGCGUUCUUCCAGUGCCAGGUGUGCGCCUUCAGCGCCCGCGUGGAGGUGGAUCGCGGCCGCAUCGCCGAGCCAGCCGUGUGUCGCAACUGCAACAACACCCACAGCAUGACGCUGGUGCAUAACCGCUCGGUCUUUUCAGACAAGCAGAUGAUCAAAAUUCAAGAGUCUCCUGAAGACAUGCCCGCCGGUCAGACGCCGCACACCACCAUCCUGUACGCCCACAAUGAUCUAGUGGAUAAAGUGCAGCCAGGAGACCGAGUCAACAUCACCGGCAUCUACAGAGCGGUCCCCAUGCGCGUCAACCCCCGCCAGAGCAACGUGAGGUCGGUCUACAAGACCCACAUCGACGCCAUCCACUUCCGCAAGACGGACGAGAAGCGCCUCCACGGCUUGGACGAGGACGCGGAGCAGAAGCUCUUCACGGAGGACCGCGUGCAGACCCUGAAGGAGCUGGCCGCCAAGCCCGACGUCUACGAACGCCUCGCCUCCGCUCUGGCGCCCAGCAUCUACGAGCACGAGGACAUCAAGAAGGGCAUCCUCCUGCAGCUGUUCGGCGGCACCCGUAAGGACUUCAGCCAGACCGGUCGUGGAAACUUCCGCGCCGAGGUCAACAUCCUCCUGUGCGGAGACCCCGGCACCAGCAAGUCCCAGCUGCUGCAGUACGUCUACAACCUGGUGCCCCGAGGCCAGUACACGUCGGGGAAGGGCUCCAGCGCCGUGGGCCUCACCGCAUACGUGAUGAAGGACCCGGAGACCCGGCAGCUGGUCCUGCAGACUGGAGCCCUGGUGCUCAGCGACAACGGCAUCUGCUGCAUUGACGAAUUUGACAAGAUGAGCGACAACACACGUUCGGUGCUGCACGAGGUGAUGGAGCAGCAGACCCUCUCCAUCGCCAAGGCCGGAAUCAUCUGCCAGCUGAACGCUCGCACUGCUGUGCUGGCAGCUGCGAACCCCGUCGAGUCUCAGUGGAACCCCAAAAAGACCACCAUCGAAAACAUCCAGCUGCCUCACACGCUGCUGUCCAGGUUUGACUUAAUCUUCCUGAUGCUGGAUCCUCAAGACGAGGCGUACGACCGACGGCUGGCCCACCACCUGGUGUCUCUGUACUACCAGACCGAGGAGCAGAUGGAGGAGGAGUUUCUGGACAUGGCCGUGUUGAAGGACUACAUCGCGUACGCUCGGACCUACAUCAGCCCCAGACUGAGCGAGGAAGCCAGCCAGGCCCUCAUCGAGGCCUACGUCGACAUGAGGAAGAUCGGCAGCGGGCGCGGGAUGGUGUCCGCCUACCCCCGACAGCUGGAGUCGCUGAUCCGGCUGGCGGAGGCUCACGCCAAAGUGCGCUUCUCCGAGAAGGUGGAGACCAUCGACGUGGAGGAGGCCAAGCGGCUCCACAGAGAGGCCCUCAAGCAGUCGGCCACCGACCCCAGGACAGGGUUUGUGGACAUCUCUAUCCUCACCACAGGCAUGAGCGCCACCGCUCGCAAACGGAAGGAAGAAGUCGCCCAAGCCCUGAAAAAGCUGAUCCAAGCCAAAGGAAAGACGCCGGCGAUGAAAUACCAGCAGCUGCUGGAAGACCUCCGAGGACAAUCUGAAACCGCCGUCACCAAGGAGCUUUUCGACGAGGCUCUGCGCGCUCUGGCAGACGAGGAUUAUUUGACCGUCACCGGGAAGACCGUCCGGCUGCUGGCUUGAGGAUCAAUCUGCUGCCAUGUACAGUCCUGGAUCAUUCAUCCAGACCCAGUCCGGUUCCUCCGGCAGCAUGUAAAGAGAGUUUGUAUCAUAAUGUUUUCUGAGGAUUGUUUUCAUUAAUGUGAAGAUCUGGAAUCCUGAUGGCGUUUAGGACAGUUCUAUUGUUAGUAUUUAACUGUUUAUUUUGCUUCUUUUCUGCUUCUUUGUAUUGAGCUGAGGCUGCUUUGUCCCAAAACGCCACAUUAAUGUCUGCUUAAGAUUACAGCAGAAGAUUGUAGUUGUGGAAUGCAUGCUAAAAAAAAAUUAAAAAAAUUCACUGA